UUAAGUAAAAGGCGAGCUCCUCCGGACGCACGAGAACACACCGACUGAAGUUGAAGUAGCUCCCGUUGCUCCCCCAUUUCAAUUUGAACACUCACUACGGAUUUUAGGGUUCACAUUGGCUAAGGAAUUUAGGCACCAAAAGGAAGAGCGCAAUAACGCACGGUUUACAGAAAUUCAGCUUUGCUUUUGACCGUGUGUAGUUCCACAGCAUCGAGAUUAUUGGUAACCAUCUUAAACCUUUCUUUGAUUAUUUAUACGAAGUUUCUAGAACUACUUCAAAACGAGGACGUGGAUAUUUUUGUCAAACAUUUUUGCCAUUGCGCAGAUAGGCUAACUAAUGACGGCAGAGAUCCAGCAGCCCCCAGCGCAGACUCCUGCCCAGAGCAGCCCGAUGUCUGCCCCGGAGAAGCCCCACGGACAGACUACUGUGAUGGAGACCGCCUCCUCCACCACUAAAACCAAAAAGACCAACGCAGGGAUCCGCCGCCCGGAGAAACCCCCCUACUCUUACAUAGCGCUGAUAGUCAUGGCUAUCCAGAGCUCUCCCACCAAACGCCUGACGCUCAGUGAAAUUUACCAGUUCCUCCAGAGCCGCUUCCCGUUUUUCAGAGGCUCCUACCAAGGAUGGAAGAAUUCCGUGCGUCACAACUUGUCCCUGAAUGAGUGCUUCAUAAAGCUGCCCAAGGGGCUCGGACGGCCCGGGAAGGGCCACUACUGGACUAUCGACCCAGCCAGUGAGUUCAUGUUCGAGGAGGGAUCCUUCCGCAGGAGGCCGCGGGGCUUCAGGCGUAAAUGCCAGGCGCUGAAGCCCAUGUACAGCAUGAUGAACGGCCUGGGAUUCAACCACCUCCCCGAGUCCUAUAACUUCCAGGGAAGCGGCGGGGGCCUGUCCUGUCCGCCCAACGGCUUGUCUCUGGACAGCGGGAUUGGGAUGAUGAAUGGACACUUGGCAGGCAACAUGGAGGGGAUGGGACUGGCCGGGCACUCCAUGUCCCACUUGUCGGCCAACAGUGGACAUUCCUACAUGGGGAGUUGCGCAGGAUCCACGGGGAGCGAGUACCACCACGACAAUUCAGGCUCGCCCCUCCUCACCAGCGGGGGAGUGAUGGAGCCGCAUCCCGUCUACUCAAGCUCGGCCUGGGCUCAAGCGCCUUCAUCCUCUCUGAAUAACGGAGGUUCUUACAUCAAGCAGCAGCCACUGUCUCCCUGCAACCCCGGAGCGAACCCGCUGCAGCCCAGUUUACCCACGCACUCUCUAGACCAGUAUAAUCUUCAUCAGAACGGACACAGUAACACGGACUUGCAAGGUAUUCCACGGUACCAUUCCCAGUCUCCCAGUAUGUGUGACCGGAAGGAGUUCGUCUUCUCCUUCAACGCGAUGACGUCCUCAACGAUGCAUUCGCCCAGCAGCAGCUCCUACUAUCAUCACCAACAGGUCGCCUACCAGGACAUCAAGCCCUGCGUCAUGUGACAGCACUUACAGUGAAUAACGGACAUCACUGACUUGAGCCACUAAAGCCAAAGCGGCUGCAGGGCUGAGACGAGCGAGCAACCCAAGGAUAGAAGGCAGGCCCUGGAACGCGCUGUAAAGAGAAGCAACAG